AUGAAUGGAAUUAAACCUAAUGGUGAUACUGAGGCUAUUGAAUAUAGUAUUGGUUCAUGGAGAAUAGUACUUCUAUCAGAUUUACCAGAAUUAGAAGAAAUGGUUAAUAACGUUUCCCGCAAAGUCUUUGGUCCAUUUGAUAUCACAUUAAUGAUUUUUAAAAACGUCACUCAAAAUAACACAUUGUUUAUCCAUCUUUUGCUAUUCCAAAAUUUUGAGUACAUGGCAUAUUUUUCUUUAUUACUUCAGACAGUAUACUCUCAACUUCCAGAAAUUUCAUAUAUUUUUCUGGUAAAGCCACCAAAUACAGAGUUAUGUGCAGAAUUGUGUUUGCCAUUUCAUACUUUACGUGGAAAAAUUAGCAAUUUGGAAUCUGAGAAUCCAGAAAUUUUGUACCAUUCUAAAGAUUUUAUUAUAAAAAAAACGCAUUUACGCCUUGCUGAAGAAAGUGACAAUGAUGACCUCAGGCAAAAUUUAGGAAAAAAAUUACAUUUCAUGGAUAAAUAUUAUGGUGAAUACUGUUUAGCAGAAUUAUUUGGAUACCCAGGAAAUAAUCGAGUCAACUUAGUACCAAUUGUAAGAAAAAUUAUGUCAAAACUAACGUACUAA